AUGGAUUCUCGUGCCCUUGUGUGUGUGUGUGUGUGUGUGUGUGUGUGUGUGGAGGUUUGUUCCUGGUAUAGGCUGUAUCCAUGUACCGCAGACCCAUCGCCUUGGGAAGAGAGAGCCAUGCUGCACGCCGCCGCCGCCAACAGCCAGACGACGACGACGACGACGACGACGACGACAGCAACAACAAGAGCGACUGCUCAGACACCGACGCAGACGCAGACGCAGACGCAGAGUCACACACUGCCUCGCGCCUUGUCUCAAUCCCAGAUGCGCCAGCCCAAACCCCCGCCGUUGCCCCCGUACACCCACAACCAGCAUCAGAACCAGCACCAACAGCACCGCCAGCAACACCACCCCCUCAGUGGAACCACGCAGCCCGACCGGCCGUCUGCGUAUGCGCAACUUCGUCACGCCUCGUCUCCCGCCCUGUCCCCUCCCGCCUCGCCUGUCGCCAUGCCUCCUCCCGCUACCACAGGCGCCACCACGACCACGAGACCCAACGUGCGCACUGCCUCGAUAGACUCGGCCGCCUCGUCGCUGUCUUCGGCCGCCUCACAGUCCAAGAUGCCUCCCGGCCACGUCAACAAGAACUCGCAAGACACCAGCAAUGCCAGCCCGCCCGACAUGGCGCGCUUGAUCGCGGUCGCAGGUUCGCCCGAGGCUGCACUGCUGGCCAUGUGGAAGGAGAAGCAGAGCACAUCGAAUCACAAUGCCCAGCUGUGGCGUCUGGUCGAGAAGCAGCGCGCCAUGGUCAUUGGCCUGCAAAAGGACCUCGAGCGCGCCCUCAAGGACAAGGAUCGCUACCGCCGGAAAAUGAAGGAGUACGCCGAGCAGACAGCCUCUGGGCCCGGCGCCCUCCAGCGGUCCGACACAAUGGCCUCAACCGUCGAACGCGAAGGCAGUGAGUCGCCCUCGCCCGCGCUGAGCGAGCGGGCCGAAGACGCCGCCGCCGCCAUGGCAGAGCAGCAGAAGAAUUCAGAGUACAAGACGUCCCCAUUGACACAGCAGCAUCCUGCACCACACCUCAUCCCAGACUCGCAACUAGCCCAGUCGCCCUCCCAUUGCUCCGAGGCACAUAGUGCCUCCAACACGGCCUCCAGUCUCAAUUCACCCACGGGCGAGGACGACGAACGUGCGCAACCCCCCCAUGUGGCAGGCAGAGGACUGGGCCUCGAUGCUGCCUUGUCCGAAGGCUGCCAGGCUCCGCAAAUCCUCGAGCCGCCUGCGAAAUCAAUCACCCCGCCGCCGCCGCAACAGAAGACUGCCGAGGCUCCUGCUGUGGAAGAAAAGGACAGCCAUCUACAAGCACCUCAGUUAUCCAUCACCCAAGCCACACCAGUGUUGGGUGGCGAUGGCUUCGACACCCCAACGCGCAAAUCCGCGCAGACUCUACGAAAGCCUCCGCCAGCACCUCUCAACCUGUCCAAGCCCAUCACGACCAGCGCACACCUCCACCAAGCCGUCCAUGGAGACGACGUCGACUCCGACUACAAUGACACUCUGGAAGUGGACGAGAUCCCCAUUGUGGAGCAACGCGGAAGGCGCAAGACUCGUGAAGAGGAUGACCGCGUUCGAGAAGCGCUCUACACAAAGGAGGAGGAUGCGCGCAGCAAGUCGAAGAAGCAGAAGAGCGAGAGCGAGAGUAAGCACACGCCGCUGUCACACUCAGCGGCAACAGAGGUCCCGGUAAGCGACCAGCAAGCGACGGCUGCAGUCUCUCUGUCGCCGCGCCAAUAUACCGGUCUUCCCCUGUCGCCCCGCCAUCCUCCAGCAACCUCACUCAACGCCCUGCUAAGUCCAACAAACUCGGACACUUCCAUGGUGGCUAACCGGAGCGUCGCAUCUCUCGGAUCGCCCAUGUUGAGUCCGGGCCUUCCCUCUAGCCCCCGCCCCACAGAUAGACCGCCUGGCUCGCCGUUGCCAAGACAUCCCAAAUCGACGUUAGCAUCCCCACCCAUGUCGCCUAGUGCCAUGACCCAUACUGCCGCGCGAUCACUGCCUCAGCCAGGUCCCCCUGCCCCAUAUACGCCUCAGUCAUACCAGUCGCCAGCUGUCAAUCAGAAUCAGGUGCAGGCGUCGAAAGCGUCCAGCAGCAGCAGCAGCAGCAACAACAACAACAACAACAACAACGCGUCGACUCUACUACAGGUGCCCGGCGCUCAACCUAGUCCAGACUCAACCAACAGCAGUCCUACGUUUGACGAAGUGCCAGAUGCAGAACACGUCUACCGCGGUCUUGUGUCGGAGCAGUACCCAGGCCUCCUGCUCCCUCCCAAUGCGCUGCCGUCGAUUGAAGUCAAGGUCUUCUCGUCCCGACUACGGCCAUCUCGUCUUAGUAUGCUUGCGCCGAGUCCACGCGAGGAAGAUCCAGUCUUUAUUCUCGCCAUCUAUGCUCGUUCCGACAACAAGCAGUUAUGGCGCGUAGAGAAGACUAUAGCCACCUUACCGACCCUGGACGCCCAGCUCAAGUCUUUGUGUGAUUUCCAGGGACGUCUUCCUGAGCGGUCUUUGUUCGGGGGUCACGCACCAGCCAAGAUAGACGCUCGACGCAUAGCACUGAACCAGUACUUCGACACUGUCUUGGAAACCCCGAUGAACGAGCAGACAGCACGAAUCGUUUGCGAGUACUUCUCCAGCGAUGUUAUCGGCGCACAGUCUGGGGACAGACUUGCUCCAGCGGAUCCCACAGCAGGAGCAGACGUGUCAGUUCCCAAGAUGCGACAAAGAAAGGAGGGCUACCUUACCAAGCGUGGCAAGAAUUUUGGUGGUUGGAAGGCCCGGUUCUUCGUCCUCGAUGGCCCCGAGUUCAGAUAUUACGAGGCAGAGGGUGGUGCGCACUUGGGCACAAUCAAACUUCAAAACGCGCAGAUUGGAAAGCAGUCGCAACAACAAUCCAGCCAAUCACCCCAAAGAAAAGACGAAUCGGAAGACAACCAAUAUCGCCAUGCAUUCUUGAUUCUGGAGCCGAAGCGCAAGGAUUCCUCAAGUCUCGUACGCCACGUUUUAUGCGCAGAGAAUGACGAGGAAAGGGAUGCCUGGGUGGACGCUCUUCUGCAGCAUGUAGACAUGCCAGAUGAUUCUUCACCCGUCGAGAUACAAGUUCCCAGCGUUGCACGUUUGCAGAAGCAGCAACCCAGCCAAGACUCUUUUCGAUCCCACACACGAGACAGCCCAGAGUUUGAGAAAUCAGAUCGAUUACAAGGUCUGAGCUACGACGACACGGUGGCAGCAGAGGCUCCGGUCCGCGGUCCCAAUCAUCGGGAUGCUAUGGGAGCGAAACCCGGCAAAGGCUCACCGAAAAGUGCGUCCUUUUCACAAGACAGCCUGGGCCACUACCCUGCCAUCUCAGCACCAAGCAAUGGAACCCCCAUUCGCGACGUGGAGAUUUGGGGAAAUAAACUAGCAUUUAACGCUGGCCCAACCGCUAUCAAGGACAAGAAGCGCAGCAUCUUUGGGUUCAGGGGUCGUGGUGGCUCUUCCGAACUUGCAGCGAUUCAGUCAGGCAACCAACUACAACAUGCUGUGGAGCAACAGCAACAACAGCGAUCACAACUUGGCAAUCGCAGCAUAUUUGGCAUACCUCUCCAGGAGGCUGUAGAUUUCUCACAGCCUGUGGGAGUCACUGUUAUGUUGCCAGCCGUUGUGUACAGGUGUCUAGAAUAUCUCAAGGCAAAACAAGCCAUCAGCGAAGAAGGUAUCUUUAGGCUUAGCGGGUCUAACAUCGUCAUCAAGGGUCUCCGAGAUCGCUUUAAUGUCGAGGGUGAUAUCAAGCUCCUAGAUGGACAGUACUAUGAUGUUCAUGCUGUUGCAUCGUUGCUCAAGUUGUAUUUGCGAGAGCUGCCGUCUUCCAUCCUGACGCGAGAACUGCACCUCGACUUCCUCAAGGUUCUCGAUAUGGAUGAGCGCAGUAAAAAGAUCCAAACAUUCAACGUUCUCGUACAUAGACUUCCAGAUGCAAACUUUGAGCUCCUCCGCCAGCUCUCCCUGUUCCUGAUCGAAAUCGUUGAGAAUUCCGCUGUCAACAAGAUGACUGUGCGCAACGUCGGCAUCGUCUUCGCGCCAACUCUCAACAUCCCGGCACCCUUGAUAUCCUUCUUCCUUACCGACUUUCCUGACAUCUUCGGCCCCGCUCUCGACGAAGCAAGCUCCCCUAUUCACGAACUCCGUAACGGCACGCCGCACCUCGGCGACGAAGCCAUUCGCUCCCCACGCCGCCAGAUGUUUUCCGAUUUACCAACACCUGCGUACAGUGAGACGACGUUCCAGCAGCGUUUUGAUCGGCCAACAUAUCAGGCUAGUGCAGCACCGAAUUACCCGCCACCGCCACCACCACAGCUCCUCCAACAACCGCAGCAGCAACAAUCUCAACAGCAACAGCAGCAGUCACAAUAUCCGUCCUACGAACCCUCAUCCAGCGGCUUCAUACCUAUGCGUCCUUCCUACGAUACACCGGCUUACGAACAACCGUACCAAGCCCAAUCCUAUCAUACUCAGUCCGACAACUACGGUAGCCUAAACACUGCUGCACAGGGCGGUACGGCCAAAGAACAGAGACAAAGGAGACGUGAAUCGGGUAUGAUGUUCCUGAACAUGGGCCAGAGGCAAGGAUCAAAUGGAUCAGCUCAGCAACACUUUCACAACCGAAUGGAUGGGAGGGGCGAUGGGAGAAACCCCUUGAUGUCAUGUCAAUGUGGCCAGUGUUUCGACAGUAAUGCGAUGGCAAGGGUGUCUGGGCUGGAUUCUCAGCCUCCAAUAUCACUUGAGACCAGCUGUCCUGAUGUCCCCAGCUUUUUGCCCGGGAGAUGCCCUUUCUUGUGUAAGGCGUUGGUCCUCUGA